AUGGCAACUAGCGACAAACAACUCUUAGACAAGGCUUGGGAAAAGACCCAAAAGAAGACCUUCACUGCAUGGGUUAAUUCACAUUUAAAAAAGGUUGGAUCAACCAUUGAAAGUAUUGAAGAAGAUCUUGCUGAUGGUAUCAAGUUGGCUCAAUUGUUGGAGAUUAUCUCCAAUGAUCCAGUAUUCAAGGUCAACAAGACUCCAAAGCUUAGAAUUCACUACAUUCAAAACAUUGGUCUCUGUUUAAAGCACAUUGAAGCUCAUCAAGUUAAACUUGCUGGUAUUGGUGCUGAAGAAUUGGUUGACAAAAACUUAAAGAUGACUUUGGGUAUGAUUUGGACAAUUAUUUUACGUUUUGCCAUUCAAGACAUUUCAAUUGAAGAACUUUCAGCCAAGGAAGCUCUUUUACUUUGGUGUCAAAGAAAGACCGAAGGAUACAAUGGAGUCAAGAUUUCCAACUUCCAUACUUCAUGGGUUGAUGGUCUCGGUUUCUGUGCCUUGAUUCACAAGCAUCGUCCAGAUCUCCUCAACUUUGACUCGCUCUCAAAGGAAGACAAGGCCGGUAACCUCCAAUUGGCCUUUGACAUUGCCGAAAGAGAAUUUGACAUUCCAAAGAUGCUCGAUGCCUCUGAUUUGCUCGAUGUCUCUCGUCCAGAUGAAAGAUCUGUCAUGACCUAUGUUGCUCAAUACUACCAUUACUUCUCUGCCUCGCGCAAGGCUGAAGCUGCUGGCAAGCAAGUCGGUAAGAUCUUGGACUUGAUCAUGUCACUCGAACAAAUGAAGUCAGACUACCUCCACCGUGCUCAAGAGCUCGUCGACUGGAUCAACCAAUCCGUUCAAAAGCUUGAAUCACGUGAAUUUGGAGACUCUGUCGAAUCGGUCCAACAAUUCAUCCAAGAGUACAACAACUACAAGAAUAGCCAAAAGCCACCAAAGGCCCAAGACCUCCUCGAACUCGAAACCAUCUUUAACGGUCUCCAAACCAGACUCAAGCUCAACAAGCGUGAUCCAUUCAGUCCACCACAAGGUCUCCAUCCAAACGACAUUGAUCAAUUGUGGGCUGCCCUCGAAAAGGCCGAACAAGACCACUCUGAGGCUUUGAGACGGGAACUCAAGCGUCAAAAGCAAAUCUCCUUCCUCUUGAUCAAGUACAACCGUAUCUUGAAAAAGUUGGAUGCCUGGGUCUCGUCCAAGCAAGCAUACCUCUCGGCCAACGAACUCGGUGACUCUAUCACCGCCAUCCAAGCCAAGCUCAAGAAUCUCGAAGCCUUUGAAGGUGAAUCGCAAUCACUCCAAGCCCAAUCUUCGGCCGAUCUCGACUCUAUCCAAAACCAACUCGAAUCACUCGAGUACCGUGGUGUCCCAUCGCUCGUCGAACGUCGUACCCAACUCUUCCAAGGUCCAUGGGAACAAGUAAAGACCACCGCCGAACAAUACAAGGCCACCCUCCUCGAGGAAUUGUCCAAGCUCCAAAAGAUCGAAGACAUGUUGGUCGACUUUGCCAAGCGUGCCGCCCAACUCAACAUUUGGAUCGAGUCUGCCGAAGAUCUCGUCUCUGACCCAAUCCUCGCCGACUCUGUCCAAGUUGUCAACGAAAUCCAAGGCAAGUUUGACUCUUUCCUCCAAGACCAAUCCCAACAAUACGCCGAACUCGAAGCCCUUGCCACCCUCACCGAAGAACUCAGAAACUUGGGUCGUGCUGAAAACUCAUACUCUGUCAUCUCUUAUGAAGACAUUUCCAACAAGUGGAACACCCUCCUUGCUGCCAUCGAAGAACGCAAGACUGCCCUCCAACAAGAACUCGAAGCUCAAACCGAGAAUGACUCUCUCUGCCAACAAUACGCCCAAGCUGCCACCAAGGUCAACGACUAUUGUCAACAACAAACUCAAGUCCUCUCUCAAAACAACUCUCAAGACCCAAGCGAGCAAUUGGCUGUCGUCCAAGGUGUUUUGGAGUCUGCCCAACAACACAACACCAUCCUCCAAGACGCCAAGACCGUCUCUCAAAAGAUGGACGAUCUCCAAAUCACCGACAACAAGUACACCUCACUCACCAUCGAAUCUGUCAAGAUGCGUUGGGAAAAGUUUAUUGCUUUGGCCAAAAAGUCACAACAAGUCAUCGAAGGUGAAAUCCUCUCCAAGCAACACACUGGUGUCUCUGCCGAAGAUUUGGCUGAAUUCAAGACUUGUUUCUCUGUCUUUGACAAGGAUAACGACAACGCUUUGAACAAGUUAGAGUUUGGCUCUGCCUUGAGAGCUUUGGGUGAAGAAUUGUCCGAAGAACAACUCGCUGCCGUCAUUGCCAAGAUUGACUCUGACAAUAAUGGUCUCGUCUCGUUUGAGGAAUUCGUUGAUUACCUCACCUCUACUCGUAAGGGUGCCGACACUGUCGACAGCACUCGUGAUGCCUUCAAGACCAUGGCCGAAGGUAAUGGCUUUAUCACUGAGGCUCAAAUCCGUUCUGCCAUCACUGACCAAAAGCAAGUCGAAUACCUCCUCGCCAACAUUCCACAAACUGACAAGGGUUACGAUUACAACCAAUUCGUUGCUACUUUAUAUAAUUAA